GCCGGCCCGAUCGGGGCGGGGGAGAAAAGAGAGAGCCGGGGAGGUAGAGGCGACCCAGGAGUCGUUUGGGCCGUGGGCCGGACCGGGUCCCGGGCGGCGGGAGCCCGGGCCGGGCGGAAGGGUUUGGCGGGCCGUUAGCCGCCGCGACUGCCGGUCCCCUCCCUUGCUGGACUUGCGCGCCCAGGCGCCCGGAGCCUCCGGCGCUGUGCCCACCCCGCUCCAGCUCGCGUCUCCCGACUCCAAUUAGAACAACCCGACGGCCAUGGAGGCUGAAGAGACGAUGGAAUGCCUUCAGGAGUUCCCUGAACAUCACAAAAUGAUCUUGGACCGAUUGAAUGAGCAGCGAGAGCAGGACCGCUUUACCGAUAUCACCCUGAUUGUGGACGGGCACCAUUUUAAGGCCCACAAGGCUGUUUUAGCUGCUUGCAGUAAGUUCUUCUACAAAUUCUUUCAAGAGUUUACUCAGGAACCUUUGGUGGAAAUAGAAGGUGUUAGUAAAAUGGCCUUUCGUCAUUUAAUUGAGUUCACAUAUACAGCAAAAUUAAUGAUACAAGGAGAGGAAGAAGCCAAUGAUGUAUGGAAAGCAGCAGAGUUUCUACAAAUGCUAGAAGCUAUCAAAGCCCUCGAAGUCAGAAACAAGGAAAACUCCGCUCCUUUAGAGGAAAAUACCACAGGAAAAAAUGAGUCAAAAAAAAGAAAGAUUGCAGAAACUUCGAAUGUUAUCACUGAGUCAUUGCCAUCUGCAGAAUCAGAACCUGUGGAAAUUGAGGUGGAGAUUGCUGAAGGUACAAUUGAAGUGGAAGAUGAAGGCAUGGAAACAUUAGAGGAAGUAGUUUCUACCAAGCAGUCCAUAAAGUACAUUCAGAGCACAGGUUCUUCUGACGAUUCUGCUCUGGCGUUGUUGGCAGAUAUUACCAGCAAAUACCGUCAAGGUGAUAGAAAAGGGCAGAUUAAAGAUGAAGAUGGCUGUGCAUCUGACCCCAUAAACAAACAGGUAGAAGAUAUUGAAAUUGUGGAACUUCAGCUGUCACAUGUGAAGGACUUGUUCCAUUGUGAGAAAUGUAACCGUUCAUUUAAAUUGUUUUACCAUUUUAAGGAACACAUGAAAUCACACUCCACUGAGAGUUUCAAGUGUGAGAUAUGCAAUAAAAGGUAUCUUCGGGAGAGUGCAUGGAAACAACACCUAAAUUGUUACCACCUUGAAGAAGGUGGGGUCAGUAAGAAGCAAAGAACUGGGAAAAAAAUUCACAUAUGUCAGUAUUGUGAGAAACAGUUUGAUCACUUUGGACAUUUUAAAGAGCAUCUUCGAAAACAUACAGGUGAAAAACCUUUUGAGUGUCCAAAUUGUCAUGAACGGUUUGCUAGAAAUAGCACUCUGAAAUGUCACCUUACUGCUUGCCAAACCGGAGUGGGAGCAAAAAAAGGGAGGAAGAAGCUUUACGAAUGUCAGGUCUGUAACAGUGUGUUUAAUAGUUGGGACCAAUUCAAAGAUCACUUGGUAAUACAUACUGGGGAUAAACCCAACCAUUGCACUCUGUGUGACUUGUGGUUUAUGCAAGGAAAUGAAUUUAGGAGGCAUCUGAAUGAAUCUCACAACAUUUCAGAACGUCUGAUAACUGAAGAAGUCCUUUCAGUAGAAACACGAGUGCAAACUGAACCAGUGACAUCAAUGACUAUUAUAGAACAGGUUGGGAAGGUGCAUAUGUUACCACUGCUUCAAGUUCAGGUGGAUUCGGCACAAGUGACUGUGGAACAAGUCCAUCCAGAUCUGCUCCAGGAUGGCCAAGUACAUGAUUCACACAUGAGUGAGCUUCCAGAGCAGGUCCAAGUGAGCUAUCUAGAAGUGGGUCGAAUUCAGACUGAAGAAGGCACGGAAGUACAUGUCGAGGAGUUGCAUGUUGAACGGGUAAAUCAGAUGCCAGUGGAAGUACAAACUGAGCUUUUGGAAGCAGACUUGGAUCACGUGACCCCUGGAAUCAUGAACCAAGAGGAGAGUGAGCCUAACCAAGCAGAUGGUACUGAGACUGCUGGGGAAGAUCUGGAAGGUGCUGAGGGUUUAAAGACCAAACCAACAGUGGAUUCCCAAGCUGAAAAGACAGAGAGUGAAGACAGAACAGCUAUGCCAGUCUUAGAAUGAAAUAACAAAUGAAUAUAUUUUUAAAUUUACAUGUUGGGUUUUGAACUGAGUAGGGGCAGUGUAACUGUCCUUAAGCUACCAGACACAUGGACCAAAGUCAAACUAUUUCCUGUUGUGCUAAACUAUUUUCUAUGGAAACAAACCGAUGACCCUCCCCCCAGGUAAUACCACAGAGGAGGGAUCUUUCUCAUAAAUGAAGUUUUGAGAAGUAUAUUUCUGGAAAUUUAAAUGGAUUAUAUUCUUCUUACAUUGUUGGGUACGAAUGUAUCUUAUUUUCAUUGUGGUUAGGGUUCUCUCUCUUUUCUCUUCCCUAAGUGAUGUCCUUCCUUAAAUUUUUUUCCAUACUAUACAAUCAUUAGAAUACAACCUUAUGUAUUCUAAUGCAUGACAAAAUUGAAUAUAUAGGAAACACAAGGCUGCAUGAAGAAAAGUGCAUUGUUACUGUGCAGUUAAGUUUUGGCUCUGGCUUUCUUCAGCUUGAACAACAUUCUUGUCUACCCCAGUUAGUCACAGAUGCCAUCUCUGCACAGAGACAGAGUGGUGGGGGCACAAUGUCUAGAAUGUUUUUUUAAAAAUUCACACCCAUGUGCCUUUCAAAAGCAACUAAACUUCUAUAAAGCAUCUCUGGUUCUUUCUAGGUUUGUGUUGGAAAGAACAGUGUAAAGGAUGCUAUAAGUACUUCAUAUUUUUGCUUAUAAUGAUAACCACCAGUUCUUUUUCAUUUAAGUUAGUUUGAAAAAUUUUAUUUAACGGCAGCUGAAGGGCCAUUUUUCGAUUGGGAAAAAUUUAUUUACAUCUGUGGUAAACUUUAUUUUGAAGAAAAGUUGCACUAAUGUUUUACCACCAGAUGAAAAAAAAUGUGCAUCAUUUAAAAAUUAAUGUAUUUAAAAUAAAGUACAGAGAAAGACAUGUACAUAAUAUAUCAGGCUUUGUUUUGAGUCUUCCCCCCCCCCAACCCUUAAUGUAAAGAUCUUGUGCUAUAACUUUUAAAGCCAUACAAAUAAGAGUGCUAAAACUGUGGAUUUAAAAGUAGAUGUGUAAAUAUUUUUAAUCAGUAUUACUUUGAAAAUAAAACAUAACCAGAUAAAAUUAA